AUGGAUUGCAGUCGAAGUGGUGCUGUUGUAUGUAGUGGUGCUGUCAUCGAAAGUGGUGCAAUCGUCGGAAGUGGUGCUGUCGUCUGUAGUCGUGCUGUUGUCUGUAGUGGUGCAAUCGUCGUGAGUGGUGCUGUCGUCGGGAGAGGUGCUGUCAUCAGAAGUGGUAAAGUAGUCGGGAGUGGUGCAAUCGUCGGGAGUGGUGCUGUCAUCUGUAGUGGUGCUGUCGUCAGGAGUGGUGCUGUCAUCUGUUGUGGUGCUUUCGUUGGGAGUAGUGCUGUCAUCAGAUGUGGUACAGUCGUCGGGAGUGGUGCAGUCAUCCGGAGUGGUGCAGUUGUUGGGAGUGGUGCAGUCGUCGGGAGUCGUGUGCUUGUUGGGAGUGGUGCAGUGGUACAGUCGUUUGGAGUGGUACAGUUGUCGGGAUUGGUACAGUCAUAG